AUGUAUUCACGACAGUGUCUAUUUUCGAUUGCAUUAGUUUUAUUAGUAACAACACGUAUCCAUGGCCAAAUGCGACCAAUAAAAAUCGGAGCAAUUUUUCACAAAGGCGAAGAAUAUCUUCAAUCUGUAUUCUCAAAAGCAAUCUCUGACACAAAAAACGAAAACCAUGAAUCCGUAUUUGAACUUGUAGCAGUUACUAAGUACAUCGAAGGCCGUACCGACAGCUUUAUGACUGCUAUAGCUGCUUGUAAACUUCUUGAGGAAGGUGUGGCAGCCAUUUUCGGACCUUCAAGUCGGUAUACUAGUGGCAUAGUUGCGAGCAUUGCUGCGAGAUUUGAUAUUCCGCAUAUAGAGUACGUUUGGCGAGAAAGCGAAGGAAAGGAAAACCAGAAGAAGGCUUCAUCAAAUAUAUAUGAAUAUAAACAUAUGACUAUAAACAUAUUCCCUGCCAGUGAACAAGUCAGCCAGGCUAUCGCCGAUGUCAUUGAUUCAAUGAACUGGCAAAAAUUCGCAGCGAUUUACGAAACUGAUGAAGGACUGUCACGUCUUCAGAAAACUUUGAUCCUAAAAGGAGAUAACAACGAACCGAUUAUACAUACAGCAUGGAAACUUGAAAAAGGAUCGGAUUAUCGCUCGAUGCUCAGAGAGAUACGCUAUUUGUCAGUGCGCAAUAUAAUUAUCGAUGUUAAACCGGAAAAUAUUAUGAAAGUGCUGUAUCAGGCAAAGGAAGUUAGUUUAUUAGAAGAUUAUUCCGACUUCAUAAUUACAUAUUUGGAUUCAUCCAUUCUACCUAUUAGCGACAUACUAAGUGGUACCUUCAAGAUCACUGGACUGAGCAUAAGAGAGAACGAUGACAUAAAAGGAAUUGAUUCGCUAGAUUCAGCGGUCCUCUAUGAUGCAGUAUUUUUGUUACAUACAACAUUAGAGACUCUAAAUGCAAGAAAUAUUGAAAAUGAAGUAGAUAUGUCCAUUGAUCCUAUACCACUUUCUUGUACAAAUAGUACUAGAAAGUAUCAAGUAGGAUCUAAUAUUACUAGCGUUAUGCGAGAGAUAUCAAAGAGAGGACAGAUAACUGGCAUUAUGUACAUUGAUGAAUAUGGCCGUAGACGAGAUUUUAAUGUAAAAAUCUUGAAUUUUCGACAAUCGAAUAAGGAUAUACAAAUAUUGGGUUAUUGGGAUACAUUUAAAGGUUUACAUAUUAGUCACAUUAGGAAGAAGGAAGAUAUCUAUUUAUAUAAAAGAUUCAUGGAAGAGAAGAUAUUCAAGAUUAGUGUACGCGAAAGCAAACCCUACGUUAUGGAAGUGAUCGAUGGUUCAACGCGAGGAGUACUAAUUGGUCAAAAACGCUAUGAAGGUUAUUGCAUCGAUCUGAUUAAUAAAAUCGAAAAAUUUCUACAUUUCAAAGGAGUAGUGUUCGAAAUUGUAGCUGAUAAUAAGCAGGGCAAUUAUGAUCCACAAACAAAAACUUGGAAUGGUCUAAUCAGCAGCAUUCUGAAUCAUGAAGCCGAUCUUGCUAUAUCCGAUUUAAUGAUGACAUCUCAUCGCAAGACUGUUGUGGAUUUCAGUGUACCUUUCAUGUCCACAGGUACCAGCAUUGUAUUUAGCAAACCGGAGAAGCAAACGUCACCUUUUUUCCCAGUCUUAGUGCCUUUCUCUAAAGAAGUAUGGCUCUAUAUGGCUAUUGCUAGCUUCCUCGUAUCGAUAAUGUUAUUUCUUCAGGCAAGAAUGACAUCUAAAUGGAAAAAUCCGCAUCAUCUACGCAAUGCUGAUUCCGAAGAAAAUAAUUUUAACUUAAAAAAUUCGUUUUACUUUACUAUUUCUUCUUUUAUGCAAGGAGGUUCAAACAUACUGCUCAAAACAUCAUCUAUGCGCAUGCUUGCGAGCAUAUGGUGGUUAUUUACUUUGAUCAUGUACAGCUUCUACACAGCGUAUCUCACAGCAGUCUUUCUUACUGCAGACAAAAUAGGCAUACCUAUUAAAGGAAUUGAGGACCUGGCCAGACAGACAAAAAUUAAAUAUGGUGCACUAGAGGGUGGCGAAACAGCAACAUUCUUCAAAAAUUCGAAUCACUCAACGUACAAACAAAUGUGGGCUGUAAUGGUGAAUUCUAGGCCAAGCGUAUUUGCAUCAAGUUAUGAAGAAGGAAUCGACCGAGUUAUCAAGAGCAAACGACGAUAUGCCUUUCUUAUGGAAAGUGGCGCUAUUGAAUAUUAUACGGCGCGGAAAUGCGAUAUAAUUAAAAUAGGCAACGUGAUCGGAAAUAGAGGCUAUGCCAUUGUUAUGCCACGCAAUUCUCCAUACAGAAUAUAUAUUGAUCAUGCGAUCUUAACGCUUAUCGAGAAUGGUGUAAUGGAGGAUCUCAAAAAAAAGUGGUGGCAAGAAAGAGGUUUGUGCAAUCAAGAUGAAAUUAAAGUAGACGAAUUAGGGAUGACAGGUCUCGGAGGUGUAUUCUUCGUUCUAAUAUGUGGUUGUAGCGCUUCAUUCUUUAUCGUAAUUUGCGAAUUUCUAUGGAAUGUACAUAAAGUUGCUGAGACAGAAAAGAUCACACUGUGGAAAGUGCUAGUUGCCGAGUUGAAAUUUACCGUGAAUAUCUUCGCAAUUAGGAAACCAGUUAAAAUUAUCAAGAGGAGCAACAGUAACAUAAGUUCCAAAGAGGAUGGACUUGACAGAGCUGCAUCUACGGCUUGA